CCUUACAUAUUAUGAAAUGUGAUGUUAUUUCUGUUUGUCCUGACCAUGGAGAACUGUGAGAUUCAAACUAUCCAUUUGAGUAUCAGACACUCAAAAUAAGUAAAGUCAAUUAAUGCUGGAGCCAUUUCAUCUAUGUGUAAUGUACUUCAUGUGUGUAGAAUCUUUAGUCAAUGUGUAUUUUAUUUUCACUCUUGUUAAGAAUUUAGAUUUUGAGAAAAAGUUUCAAGAUUCCUUUUCCAACAAACUGGCUGUCUUUUAGACAUGUUCACCCUCAACCAGAUUGAAAGCCCGCCCGUCACCGCUGAAAUGGUACAGGCUGAGACUAGACGCGAUGAGACAUUGUCCCACACAAACUGGCUGGACCACAGUCCACAAAAACAACUUUGCUCCUUUCUAUCUCCGUAGGAAUGAACAUACCUUGAAUGCUGGCUGUGUCAUGUGGGGAAUAAGGGUUAUCAUACCUCAGAACCUCAGAUCUAAGGUUUUGGAGGAACUACAUUCUGGCCACCUGGGAGUCGUUAAAAUGAAGGCGCUAGCGAGGAGCUUUGUGUGGUGGCCCGGAAUUGACCAAGAUGUUGAGCGUAUGGCAAUGCAAUGUUCAGGCUGCCAGCAGGUGCAAAACGAAUCAGCACGUUCCCCACUUCACCAGUGGGAAUGGCCUGCAUCUCCAUGGCAACGUAUUCAUGUGGCCUCUCAUGGGCACAAACUUCUUAGUAGUAGUGGAUGCAUGUUCCAAAUGGCCAGAGGUCUUCACCAUGAACCCCACCACAGCAAGCCAAACAAUCACAGUGCUCAGAGAUCUCUUUGCCAGAACUGGAGUUCCAGAGCAACUAGUCAGUGAUAAUGGUCCCCAAUUCACGAGUGAGGACUUCCACACAUUUCUGAAGAACAAUGGAAUCCGUCAUAUCACCUCAGCCCCCUGGCAUCCAGCAACCAAUGGCCAGGCUGAAAGAAAUGCUACACUUGCCACCACCAACCAGACACCAGCUAUGCUUUUCCUAGGACGACAUCUUCGCUCCCGAUUGGACCUUCUCCCGCCAAACAAGAGACGCACUGUCCAAGGCAGGCAAAUCCGACAGGCUCAGAGAGCCAGUGAUGGGAAACUGCAACACUUUGCCAUUGGACAGUGGUAUUAACAAGGAGUUACAGAGGAGAUCACAAAUGGGUCCCGGCCACAGUAAAAGAACAACACGGCCCACUGUCUUACACUGUUGAAGUUAGAUCAGGCAUGUUUGGCGGCGCCAUAUCCAUCAGCUGAGGAACUCCGGACUGACUGUGGAGGAAGACUUGUCCAUGAUGUCUGCCACUGCUGAAAAUGGAGGGCAGACAGCUCCACCUGAACCCUCUGCAAUGGACUGUCAGCCCGCCACUAUCCCCACAUCCUCCACCGACACCAGUGUUCCUGUGGGAAAUCAGGCGGACAUGAAAGAGGGACGCUAUCCCACUCGUAUCCACAAGCCCCCUCAAAGACUGAUAGAGGAAUAACUUCUUAGCUAUAUAGCUAAUUUCAAAUGUUCUAUAUAGUUAAUUCCAAAUGUUUAAUAUUGAACAUGUUUAUUACAGUUAGUUUCAUUGAUUGAUUAAUUCAGAAGCAAUUAUUACGUUUAGACUAAGUGUCAUUCUGAAUAGACUGAGUCUCACUGCAUUUCUUUGCUCUAUAGAACAAACACAAUAGUAGUGUCCUUUGUACAGUUUUACAGGCGUCUCUUUUACUAUUGUGGUCAAUGGGAAAAUUGCUUUUU